AUGAGUAUACCAGAAGGCACGACAACCACUGAUAUAGCUAGAACAAUCUCAACAACGACUGCAACUGCUCCAGUUUACAACUAUCAACUAAUCACAAAUGCUAGUGAUAAAAUAGUUGCCAUUUACAAUACUACUGCUGGUGGCUCAAGUCUUAAUUCUACAGUCUGCAGUAAUAGGGGUCAAUAUCCAUCAGGUCAAGGCCCUACAAUGUGCAUUGAUUUUCUCAAUACUACUCAUCUGAAUUAUGGUAAUACCGUUGUUGGACAGAGUUCGUCAACGGCAGGAGUUGGGACCGGUGUUUUUACCAUCCCUGUGUUAGGUCCAACUAUUGUACGUGCCAUUCAAUUUACAAUUGGUGGCGAUGCACUAAAUCGAGAUCCAUUUACCAUCACAUUGGAAGGUUCCAAUACGACAGAUUCGGCUCUUAGUGUUGGUUUCAGUUGGACUUUACUAUAUUCUGGUGAAGCCGGUUUUAAUUCUGAUUCCAAUAGUGUCAUUCGAUAUUACUUAGGUCAAAAACAAAAUUUCACGAACAAUUUAGCGUUUACAGCCUAUUGCAUAUUAGUAACAUCACAGCGAAGUUCCGAUGACUGUACACAAUUUAGCGAGAUGCACUUAUUCUCUCUUAUUUAG